AUCUGAGUUUUUUAUAGAAUCAAAUUUUAAAAAACUUCUAUAGUUAUGACAAAUAAUAAACAAUGAUAUCCCACAAUCAAAAUAAAAUUGACCAAAGAUAAUCGAUUGCAGAUUCCGAUUGGGACCGCCUUCCUCAAAUGGAUUGGGACCGCCUUCCUCAAAUGGCUGUGUUGCGUUAUUUUGCAGCUUGCUCUGCUCUCUGUUUCUCCGCGCAUCACGUUUACCGUACAUUUGACAGCAAUUUGACGUUUAUUUGACUCCUUACCAGAUUUCACAAAUGCUUCGUUAUAGUACUGUUGUUUCUGGUUUGUUACGUAUGUAGCUGUAUAAAGGUUUUGUUUUGGCAGUUCAUUCUUACAGGAGCGGUGACUGAUGAACCAGCUACUAUGCAAACAUGGAUAGAUCAGCGAAAUGGCUGGAGCAUGCCUUCCUCACUGAACCGCACUAUGUUGAAUUGUUAUUUGCUGGUCAUUUGGAUUAAUGAUGUUGAAUGAUUAUGAAGUUGCAGCUGUUGCUCAUGCAGCACCGAAGUGAGAUUAACUGUGCUGAACCAGGGAUUAAUCCACACUUGUCUUAAAUUCCAUGGGUUGAACUGUGGAAUACAGACGUCUUGCGUGAAACGCGUUCCUCAGCAUGAAGUUGUCCGUGAAGACACGAUUUGACGUCGGGCGGAAUGGCGUGAAAGCAUUGAAAGUAAUCCUCAUUCUUCUGGGAUGCCUUAUUAUCUAUUUCGAAUGGAUUUCGUACCAUCUUCUUCCCUUGUCGUGGCCGUCCACGUCGAUGCUGGAAACCCUGUAUCCCGCGCUGCGAGUGCACACCGACCGCGCGUCCAAAGAGCAGAAAGUGCUGAGGAUUCUGCUGGUGGCGGAUCCGCAGAUUCAAGGCUUCCGCGAUGAACCUCCGGGCGUUCUGGGUGUCAUCACGCGCUGGGACGCCGACAGGUACCUAUCAAAAACAUAUUCCUUGAUUUACCAACACAUCGAUCCUCAUUUGGUGAUAUUCUUGGGCGACCUCCUGGAUGAAGGCUCCACUGCAUCUGAGCGUGACUAUGAAGUGUAUGCUGAUCGAUUCCGAAGACUAUUCCCUCUACAUGGAUCAAAAGUAUUAUACGUUGCCGGUGAUAACGAUAUUGGCGGUGAAGGUGCCGAGGUUGUGACGAGCACCAACAUCGAUCGAUUCCGUAAAAAUUUUCCCACUGCUGUUGAUGGAUUUUGGAAUACAUCUCUUCAUUUAUUCGAGGUGAAUACAUUGACUAAUGCCGUUUCUAACUCAAUUGAUGUGACAAGCACCCCUGAUCAUAAAUUACCUCGGAUGCUCUUUUCUCAUAUGCCGCUGCUUCGUGGCUACCCUGAUCCUUUUGUUGAGAAAGUCCUAAACGAUUUCCAGCCGGCUUUAAUCAUCUCCGCUCACACACACAAGGCCUCCAUGUCACAGCGCUCAUUAAGCAGCACGGCCUACGCGCAGGUCACAGCGGGACAUCGAUCCGAUUUCGCUGUCUUCCAGCUGAAUCCCAAUCCAGUUAAUGUACAGGAAAUUGUUGUGCCGACAUGCAGCUAUCGUAUGGGUGUUGCGGAGAUCGGCUACGGUGUGGCUAUCAUCGAUUUAACGGCGUACCGCUUAUUCUAUUCUGUUUUCUGGACGCCAUCCCGAUACGGUCAGCUGGCCUGCGAGCUGUGGGCGCUGUGCGCUGUUGCCGGAUUUGUGCUCAUUUUUGUCGUGAAACAAAAUUAUAAACUGGUUUACUGGAAAGCGACAAAGAUGUUUAGAUGAGAAAUAUAUUACGGUUUCGGCUUUUCCCGGUUUAACGUUGCUGAUUUCAAAGAUCUCGCAUUUAUAGUUUUGUAUAGGAAGCGUUUUUUUAUCAUAGUGUUUUUAAUGUGUAAGCAUUUUCUUGUAUCUGUGACUUGUGUCGCUAAUUGGCCAGUUUAGCCUGUAAACCGGUUGCCUUGAUUUAAUGGUGUAAUUAAAACUUUUCGAUUAA